AAUGUAAAUUAGUGAACGAUAGAGAAGAGAGAGAGCGUGUGUGUGUGUGUGUGUGUGUCAUGGCAACAGCUCUCAGCACCCUUCAGAUAUUCUGCUCUGGAUUUUCACCAAAACUUGCAAUUGGAUCAAACCCUUUUGCAGUUUCACAUGUAUCAACUAUUUCUUCAUCAAAAUGUUCCCAUCAUUUGAAGCUCAAGCACCUCCCACAAGCAUCUUCUGAAGGACUUCCGACUGAAUUGAUUGAAGAUUCCAAGUUUGUACCUCUGAAUGCUGAUGAUCCUAGAUAUGGUCCUCCUGCUUUAUUAUUGUUAGGCUUUGGAGUGGAGGAGGCGGAGAAGAUUCAGCAACUUCUGAAAGAGUUGGAUGGUGAAUUCCUAGAGGUUAUUUUUUGCACUGAGGACAUGAUUACUUGCUCGCUUUGGGAAGCAAUGAAUACGAAACAACCCAAUUUGGAAGCUGCAAAGAUUGCAAAAUCGUUGCCACGGAUUUGCUUCUUAUCUGGUCUGACUGGGGAGGAGAUGAUAAUGUUCAUUGAUGCCUUUCCAGAAACUGGACUAGAACCUGCUGUAUUUGCAGCUCUUGUUCCUAAUAGUGCUGAUAAACUGCUACAAGAGUUGAUAGAAGAAAUAAUGGGGGACUAUGAAAUGAUGUCUGCAAGAGAAUCAGGCUUGAGCUCGCCAAAUACAAAUUAGAGAUUUCAAGGUUCAAAAACUCAAAUUUUAUUUUAUGAUAUUGUUGUAUUUUUGAGGCAUUGUUGGUUGCUAGAAAUGCCAAAUUAUGCAUGUACUUUCUUCAUUUACAAUUAUGUGUGUGUGUGACAGUUAAAAGUGUUACCGGGCAGUUGAUGCUCUAAGUUGGUUGUACAUGAUUAAACAGCAUUUUUAUUGGUUACAAAGGAAAGGGUUCUUUUAUAAAAAAUAGUUCAAUUAUUUUAUUUUA